AUGGCACAAGAAGCAGAGGUGGUGAAGAACAAGCAGGUGAUGUUGAAAGUCUAUGUAACUGGACUCCCAGGGGAGUCUGAUUUCAACAUCAGGACGCACACCACCAUAAGCUUGAAAGUCCCAGAAAGCUCAAAUAAUGGGGUGUUGGUUAAGAAUCUAUACCUGUCAUGUGAUCCUUUUAUGCGCCUUCUCAUGCAAAAACCAGAAUCUUCUCUUCAGGAUGUAAUCUCUGGUUACUCCCCUGGCUCUACAAUAGGUGGGUUUGGGGUUGCUAAGGUGGUGGAUUCAAGGCACCCAAAGUUCGAGAAGGGUGACUCGGCAUGGGGUCAAACUAAAUGGGAGGAGUAUAGUCUAAUAGCAGAAUCUGAUUCUCUUAUCAAGAUUGAGCACACAGAAGUACCCCUUUCCUAUUACACUGGACUCUUGGUUGAAGCCCCAAACAACUCACUAAGUGAAAAAUCCAGCACCUCCUGCGAUUAUUCAGCAAGAAACCCAGGAAAAAAGAGGGUUGUAGAGAGCGUUGACGCAAGCUGGUGGGUGGCGGAGCUGGCUGGCAGUUGCUCGGGUAGGUGGAGUUCGCGCAAGGAGAGCUUGGUGGAGGUCGGCGCGGCGCUGUUCGUGGCUGUCCGUGAGCUGGGUUGCGCUACGGCUGUGAGUCUCAAAGAGAAAAGAGAGUGCGGGUGGAGUUGGGUGGUAGGAAGAGCUGGUGGCUGGCGAGCUGCUGGUGAAGUGCAGCUGAGCUGGUUGUGGGCAGUGACGACGUGGGUGACGGUCUUCAUUGGUGGAG